AUGUUUCAAGUUAGUCAUUUGGUAAGUUUAGGACAGUGGGAGGAAGUUUUCACUGCUGACCAACUUCAAGAGUCAAACGCCACCAUUUGGGAGAGGAUUAAGCAAGACGACGACUCACUGCAGCCACAUCAGCGCAGAUCCAACCCGCCGGGUCUCGCGGAGCUUCGGCCUCAAUCUGCUGCUUUCCCCGGAGAGCCGCUCCCGUAUAUCACUACACCGACACCUGACACUGACGGUAACGUUGACUUUAACCGCUUGUCCUGGACGGCUGGUCAUAUUAGCCCGGAACCAGGGUCCUCGGCUCCAGACUCUGAGGAUGGAUAUCAAGCAGAUUUUACAGGUUUUCAUGGAGUCCAGGGGAUGGUUAUGGGCCCAUCAUCUGACUCCAGUCCACAUUUCUCUGAGUGGCUGGCAAUGAGGCCCUUGGUGCAGUGUGAUGAUAGAGUCAUGACCUUCACUGCCUCUGGAGAAGGACUUGCACACCUGUUAGUGGACAGAGAGGGAGCCUCUCCCAUCUCCCUGUUCCAGUUACCUCCAUACUGUGGUUACUCAGUGAGGACGUCAUGGAGUGACCUUGAGAUGAUGGUGCCUUAUGAUGCCUGUUACAUUACACAGGAGAAUGGAAGUUAUGUGCUGCCCCUGUUGUGGUGGGGCAGCCCACUGAAGCUCUCCUGCCCGGUGCAGCUGCCCACUCCUGUCCCCUCUCUCUCCCACUCUGCCCCCUCAGUCUUCUGCUCCCCCUAUGGCAUGGCAGUGCAGAUACCAGGGCAGGAGCAGGAUAUACAAAUACUAGGAGUCGUAGUGAAUGGAGGCUGGGCUCAGUUUGUAUCCGAAGAGUGUGCAUACCGUGUCCCCUCCCAUUCUGGGGAACUUGCCUUCUUCAUCUCCUACGGUGCUCCUUGUAUCACUAGCAGAGACGGUUUUCACCUCCAUUAUAUAUCAGAUGAUCAGGAAUACAUCCUCUCCUGUCCAGCCAAUCCUCAGUUCCCCUACGUCCCCUCUCCUCCUUCGUCACCAGUUGACCCUCAGAUCCCCUCUGUCCCAGAUCCUGCACCCACCUCCCCUCCUCCUCCCCCACCUCAACCUCCAACUCAGGAGCAUAUUGCUCAGGUUCCUGACUACCCCCACUACCCUUAUCCUGGACUCCAGCUUCCCCAGGUCUACCCUCCUGGCCCACAACCUGCCCGCCCACCUCGACCCACUCCUGGCAGUCCUCCUGGGACCCAGCCCCAGCAGCUCCAGGGGUUCCUCUACCCCACAGGGCCUGGCAAGCUGCCCUCUUCUCCUGAAGAGCACCAAAAAUACCCUUCCUCUCCUUACCAGCCUCCAGCACUGCUACAAGCUACAUCCAACCCAGAUCUUAACGUAGUGCAGGAAAGUUCUCUCUAUCAAGUUCCUAAAUUGCCUGUUGGCCCUUCACAACAUGCAUCUGGUGUCUAUUACCCUUAUGUGCCUUUCUACUACCCUGCAGUGACACCAGCUCCAACCUCUGCUACAAAAAGUACUACUACCACUACUAUUUCUCCAGCUACCCACCCACCCAAACCUCCAGCAAAUCCUUAUUACUCUCAGUAUUAUUUUCAGAUGCCUUACUAUCCUGUACCAGCUGCAGUACCAGUGACUCAAGCACCUGCUCCUCUCCCUCCCAGCCCACCGUCACUUCCUCCCUCUCCACCAAAACAACCUAUAGGUCCACAGUACAUAGGUGGUCCAUUUUAUCCCCCUGCUUCUCACUAUGAAUGGCCCUACCCUGGCCUUGGGGUGCAGCCUGCUUCCACUUCACUUCUUACUCAUCCUGGUAUUGCUCCAUCUCCCUCUCCUCCACCUCCUACCACCACAACUACCACCAAGUCAGUGGUUCCCAAACAGCCUGACAGUCCCAGCCAUCCCAUUGGCCACGUUCAUCCCCAAAGACCCAUUUACUUCUCACCGCCCACACCUCCACCGCCUGCCAAAAAGAAAGCUCAAGUUAUUCCUCACGAAACUCAGGAACCAGUGACUCCACAAGCCGCCUGCCCCCCAUACACUCACACCAUUUGUAGCCACUACCCUCAUCCCUAUUACCACUAUUAUUCCUAUUAUCAUCCUCUUUACCCGCCACACUACCCUCCACCUUACCCUCCUAUGCCCCAGUAUCCAGAGACUCAACCACCAGUGACCCCCACAAAGCCUUCAACCACCACCACUACCACAACUCCUGCCACCACCGUUUCUACCACCACAGCUGGACCCACUCCACAGGUCCCCUAUCUCCAGUGUCUGAAGGGGAAGAUGGUUGUCUUUCUGCCUUUUGCUCACCCAGACUCCAUCCAGGUCAGAGACCAAAUGAAGACAUGGCUGUUUGUCUCCGCUGUAUCUCCACUGUGUGGGUACAUGCUGCAGAUGGCUGAGGGCUCUGGGGUAAUUCUUCACUCUCCUCUGCCUGCCUGCCACAGCCAACGACGGACUCCCACGACCAUUUCCUUACCUCUGAGAUUUUGGGACCUUUCCAUGGCGCAGUAUAGGAUUCUGGACCUGCAAUGUUCGUAUCAAAUGACUCCUGAAACUUCUGCACCAGUUACCCCAUCUGUGCCCCCUACUCCACCCAGUACCACCAAGGGCAAUGCCAACCCGCCUGUUGUCCCAAAGCCUAGAGUCAUCUGCUCCUCCGAUCAGAUGAUCGUGGAGCUCGCCUCUGGUCCCAUCUCUGGAAUUGUUGUUAAAGACAUAAAAGGGAACAAAAUGAACCUCCAGGAUGCCCCAAAGCACUGUGGGUAUUCUGCAAGAAAAGGCAAAGAUGGCAAAAUCCGCUUGAGUCUCCAGUUACACUCACGCUGCCACAUGAGUGUGCAGGGUAAAAUGUACAUCAUCGUUGUCAUCUUCAUGACAGCAAAUGGGAGACAGGAGGCUCAGUUUUCUUGUCCAGUUGUCGUCCCAGGGCCUGGACAAGAGUGCAACCUUCCCAGCGAACAGCGUCUCCCCUGCGGACGCGGCUCUCUAUCCCAGCCACAGUGUCUCUCUAUGGGCUGCUGCUUUAUCAAGCACCCCCCUGCCUGCUACUACCCCAUGGAUGAGUGCACUAUCGACCGCCACUUUGUCUUCUCCGUGCCAGCCUCCCUCACAGACCCCCCUCUUAACCCUGCUCUGCUUGUCGCUGCCGGCAACUCCACCUGCAAACCUCAGAGAGUGACGUCUGACUACGCCUUGUUCAAGAUCCCGAUGGAUGGCUGUGGGACACACAGAUUGACAGCGGGGAAAACCGUGAUCUACAUGGUGGAGGUCAUCAACAAGGUUCAGGCGAUCAGCCUCAACUUUGGCACCAUCACAAGGGAUUCUCCUGUCAGGUUGUUAGUAGAGUGCAGGUUUCUGCCAGGCACAGUUCUAAGUGUGAGUUACUUGGUCAAAACUCCCACCCUGGGACCUGAAGUCAAGACCCAGGGGAUGCUUGGAGUGCAGCUCAGGAUUGCCAAAGAUGCCCAGUACAGCAGCUACUACCCUCAGUAUCACCAGCCCCUGCAAAUGCUGCUGGGGAAACCCCUUUACCUGGAAGUGCGUCUUCUCAACGCCCCGGACCCCAAUUUGGUGCUGUUGGUGCACUACUGUGUGGCCUACCCGCGCUCCGGAAAGGCUGUGUGGCUGCUGCUGUACAAUGGAUGUCCCAACCCCUUGGACCCAGCCCUGCAGCAGGCUGUGCUGUACGAUCCUCGACCGCCCUCUCCCCAGGCUCAGACCCGCCGCUUCACCAUCAGCACCUUCCAGUUCCUUCCUGAUGGGGAGUUUAAGGACCCGAAUGAAGAGAUUUACUUCAUGUGUUCAACUGAAAUCUGCUCGCCACGUGAUGGGCCCUGUGUGGAGGGAUGCUUUGGCCAGUGA